AAACAAUGCCGGUCCGUACCUCCACGGUAUAAAUAAAAGCAAUCAGGGAUCUUUCCAUCAGAUAUUUAUUAAAAGUCGCUUGAUGAAGAUCUCCACCUCGUUCCAUCGACCUCUUCGACCCUGCGAAAAGUAAUCAAGCCCGGUAAUAAUUAAGCAUCAUGCAGUCGAUAAGAAAGCAAAUCCUUACCGUAAUGAGGGAGGCGGAGGUGAAGAGGCUCCUGAGUAGUCAGGAAAUUAUAAAUCGGGACGAGAAGUACGGAGGGAUACAUUUCAAGCCCUUGCCGGUGGUUCUCGCCAAAGGGGAGGGUGCCUUUCUAUGGGACAUCGAUGGCAAAAGGUACCUCGACUUCCUGGCAGGAUUCUCGACGAUGAAUCAAGGCCAUUGCCACCCACGUUUAGUCAAGGCCAUGCGAGAUCAAGCGGGAAAACUUACGCACACGUCUAGGGCCUUCUUCACGGUUCAACAUGGCGAGCUGGCGGAAUACUUGACGAAGCUCCUGGGUUGGGACAGAUUUUUGCCUAUGAACACGGGCGUCGAAGCUGGUGACACCGCGUUGAAGAUUUCAAGGCGCUGGGCGUACAGAGUGAAGAAGGUGCCCAGUGGAAAGGCCACAAUCGUAUUCGCAAAAGGUAAUUUUUGGGGUCGCUCAUUAGCCGCGAUCUCUGCAUCCACGGAUCCAAAUUGCUACACGGAUUUCGGACCAUACGUGCCACGUUUCGAUAAGGUCCCUUACGACGACUUGAAAGCUCUGGAGGAGAAGUUCAAGGAAGACCCCACCGUUUGUGCGUUCAUGGUCGAACCGAUCCAAGGCGAGGCUGGAGUUAUCGUUCCUAAGGAAGGGUAUCUGAAGGGAGUUAGAGAGCUUUGUACAAAGUAUAAUGUUCUUUGGAUCGCCGAUGAGGUUCAAACCGGGCUUUGCAGAACAGGAGCCAGAUUGGCGGUGGAUCAUGAAAACCAAAGGCCAGAUAUUUUAGUCCUUGGAAAAGCUCUGUCAGGAGGAAUGUAUCCUGUCUCUGGAGUUUUGGCUGAUGAUGCGGUAAUGCUUUGCUUGCAAACGGGAACCCAUGGAAGCACUUUUGGAGGAAGUCCUCUCGCCUGUACAGUAGCAUUGGAAGCGGUAAAGAUUUUAGAAGAAGAGAACCUUGCGGAAAAUGCCAGAAAACUAGGGGACGUCCUGAAAGAAGAAUUGGGAAAAUUACCAAAGGACAUCGCUACCGAAUUUCGAGGCCGUGGUCUGUUAGCCGGUCUCGUUAUUAACAAGGAAUUCGCAGAAGGCUGGGAUAUCUGUCUUAAAUUGAGAGACGCUGGAUUAUUGACGAGACCAGCUCAUGGUCAAAUUAUCAGAAUAUCGCCUCCACUUACGAUCACCGAAGAGCAGUUAAGAGAGGGCUUGAAUAUCCUUACGACUACCCUACGAAAAAUGUAACAAUUAAUUUGUAAUAUUUUUAUUAUACGAUAUAUGAAAGUAUUCAAAGCACCAAAGUAUGGGAAUAUUAACUGUAAUGUUUUAAAUUACCUUCUAAUAUAAGAGACUUUAACGAA